AUGCCACCGCGCGCGCCAAUGGAGUGGCCGGCAGCAAGGCUCGUGGUCGUCCUCGUCACUUUGCACACGCUUUGGAGCAGCGCCGUUGCCGUUGCCGGUGCAUCGCCACCAACGGUGGCGUCCGCGGCGCCGGUGCGGGUCGGCGUGGUGCUGGACCUGACGAGCGACGCGGGGAGGGAGAGGCGCGCCUGUACUUCCAUGGCGUUGGACAACUUCCACGCCGCUCACGGCGGCUCCGGUGCCGCGCGGAUCGAGCUGCUCGUACGAGACUCGCGCGGUGAUCUGACCACGGCCGCACAUGCUGCCGAGGACCUGAUCAAGAAUGGGCAAGUGCAAGCCAUCAUAUGGGGCCCUGCGACACUAACCAAAGCAGAUCAUGUCACACACCUGGGCCGUCGCCGCAACCAAGUCCCGGUUCUCUCCUUCCCCAGCAUUUCUCCAACAUCAUGUGCCUUCUCGCUGGAAGAUCCCGUAACAGUUCCUGGGGGCUAUGCCAAGUUUGGCUUUACACUUGGAAAGGACAGUAUCACCUUUCCUAAUCAAGAAACCGAUAGAAAAUACAAAAGAAAGCUAGGUACAAGCAAUAGUUGCAGAGGUAGGUGGCUGAAGAUUGCUGUGCCACGGAAAAAAGGUUUUCAAGAUUUUGUGAAUGUUACUGAUCCUAAUUCCAAGAAACAACAUGUCACUGGCUACAGCAUUGAUAUCUUCGAGGAUGCUAUGACACAUUUACAACCUGGCCCGUGCUAUAAAUAUGUUGCCUUCACGGGUACUUACGAUGAGCUAGUAGGCAACGUGGCUUCACGGGUGUAUGAUGGAGCAGUAAGCGAUGUGACCAUAACCGCGGAACGAAUCACCACCACCGACUUUACAGUGCCAUACACACAGUCUGGUGUGUCUAUGCUUGUGCUUGCCGUGGAUGAACCCUAUAGAAUCAGUUGGACAUUUGUAAAGGCACUAAAUGGGGAGCUUUGGCUUGCAAGCAUGGUCUUUUUCCUCUAUACUGGCUUUGUCGUGUGGAUGAUUGAACUACCCAGAAAUCAGGAGUACCAAGGAUCAAGUUUGAGACAGUGUAGCACAGCCCUCUACUUCGUUUUCUCCACUUUGACAUUUUCUCAUGGUCAUACUAUUAGAAGCCCCUUGUCAAAAAUUGUUGUGGUGAUAUGGUGCUUUGUAGUGCUGAUUCUUGUCCAGAGCUACACUGCAAGCUUGUCAUCCAUUCUGAAUACAAAGAGGCUACGUCCUUCGGUGACAGAUUUUGAGAUGCUCCGGAAGAGUGAUGACUUUGUAGGAUACCAAGAUGAAUCAUUUGUGCAGUCUUUCUUGCUUAAUCAUACCAUCAAUGAAAACAGGUUAAGGAACUACACGACGAAAGAACAAUAUGCUGAAGCUUUGAAGAAUGGAUCCAAGAAUGGAGGGGUAUCGGCUAUCGUUGAUGAGAUCCCCUAUUUAACUUAUUUCCUCUCUGACAAUCAGUACAGAAAUGAUUUUAUGAUGCUUGGGUACAUAUACAGGACUCCUGGAUUUGGUUUUGCAUUUCAACUAGGUUCUCCGCUAGUGCAUAAUCUUUCAACUGCUAUCCUGAAACUAGCAAGAGAAGAUGGGGGCUUACAAAUGGAAAAGAAAAGGUUUGGCGCAGCUUCACCUCUUGUGGGUGCUAGCAUGGUCCCUGAUACGGACUAUGUGGCUCUCACUUUGCAAAGCUUUUCCGGUCUCUUUCUCAUCACGGGAUCCAUUUCAACUCUCAUGCUGCUGAUAAGCAUUAUGAGGUUGAUUCAUGCCAGAUGCACUGAGUUGAGAAAGGCUGAUGUGGAAAGUGUCAUCUACAGUGCCACCGACGAUGAGUCCCGUCUGUUGCAGAAUGGCAUAGGUGACAACCCCAGCCCUGGUCUACAACCCUUCCAUGUAGAUGGCAUUGAAAAUUCCGGGGGUGUCCAUUUAAGCGGCGAGAAUGUUGGGGACGUGGAGCCUGACCCAGUGCAGCAGAAUGGCAUGCAUGGUGGCUCUGUCCCUGCAGGACACAUUCAGAUUGAGAUGCGCAAUGUCUAA